AUGGGUCUUGGCUGCCUCAGGGAGGUGUCUUUCCGCAAGGAUGAAGAAGCCCUACAAGGGCAGUAUCAGCAGGUAAAUGUUCCUGAAGACCAAGCAGACAAGUUGCUCCUUGCAAGCUGGGGUCUUCCCAAAGCAGUUCUGGAGAAAUACCGCAGUCUGGGAGUAGUACAGAUGUUUGAAUGGCAAGCAGAAUGCCUAACGCUCGGACAAGUUCUGGAAGGGAAGAACCUAGUUUACUCAGCUCCUACCAGUGCUGGCAAGACUCUUGUUGCAGAAUUGCUUAUUUUGAAGCGAGUCCUGGAGACUCGUAAGAAAGCUCUUCUCAUCCUUCCCUUUGUCUCUGUGGCCAAGGAGAAAAAAUGUUAUCUGCAGGCCCUGUUUCAGGAGGUGGAUGUGAGAGUUGAAGGUUACAUGGGAAGCCUGUCUCCUGCUGGACAUUUCUCUACCCUGGAUGUUGCUGUCUGCACCAUUGAGAAAGCCAACGGUCUAAUCAAUAGACUAAUAGAAGAAAACAAAAUGGACUCACUGGGAGUGGUGGUUGUGGAUGAGUUGCACAUGCUGGGAGACUCUCAUCGUGGAUAUCUGCUGGAACUCCUUCUGACCAAAGUUAGAUAUGUUACAGAGAAGGUUGCAAAACGACAAGCGAAGAUGACCGGUCCCGGUUUUGGUGGGAUACAGAUAGUAGGCAUGAGUGCUACCCUCCCUAACUUGGGACUCCUAGCCUCGUGGUUAGAUGCAGAGCUAUACUGUACGGAUUUUCGCCCUGUGCCCCUCAAGGAGUGGGUGAAAAUUGGCAGCAACAUUUAUGAUUCCUCCAUGAAUUUAGUGCGAGAAUUCCAGCCCAAACUUCAGCUGAAGGGAGAUGAAGACCAUGUUGUGAGCCUGUGUUAUGAGACUGUUUGUGAUGGCCAUUCAGUCCUGCUUUUCUGUCCAUCCAAGAACUGGUGUGAGAAGCUGGCAGACAUCAUUGCCAGGGAAUUCUACCAUUUGCAACAGGCUGAGAGUUCUACAAAAAACUCAGCCCUUUCCCCAGUUGUUGUGGACAGAGAAGAGAUUGAUGAGGUUCUGGAUCAGCUAAAGCGUUCUAUCUCAGGUCUGGACUCUGUGCUCCAACGUACUUUGCCAUGGGGAGUGGCAUUUCAUCAUGCAGGUCUUACUUUGGAUGAACGGGACAUCAUUGAAGGAGCCUUUCGCCAGGGCUUGAUUAGAGUCCUAGCAGCAACCUCCACGCUCUCGUCUGGAGUGAAUUUGCCUGCACGCCGAGUAAUUAUACGAACUCCCAUGUUUGGUGGCAAACUGCUGGACGUUCUCACUUACAAGCAGAUGGCUGGAAGGGCUGGCAGGAAAGGAGUAGACACAGAGGGUGAGAGCAUUUUAGUUUGCAAGCCCUCAGAAAGAUCAAAAGGAGCUGCUCUGCUUCAGGGAUCUCUCAAGCCUGUUUGCAGUUGUUUGCUUGGAAGAGAAGGGGAAGGUGUUGCUUCUAGCAUGAAAAGAGCAAUACUUGAGAUCAUAGUGGGGGGAGUGGCCAACACUCCAGAGGACGUGCAGACCUAUGCUUCUUGCACUCUUCUUGCAUCCAGCUUGAAAGAAAGCAAGUGGGGAAAUGAGAAAGCAGAAGACAAAGUGCAGACUGGACCUAUCGAGGCUUGUGUGGCAUGGCUGCUGGAAAAUGAAUUCAUUCAGAUUCUGGACUCCGGUGAUGAUGCGAAAGCAAAGGUUUAUCAUCCAACACAUCUUGGCUCAGCUACUCUUUCCUCUUCUCUUUCACCAACUGAAGCCAUGGAAAUCUUUGCUGACUUGCAGCGAGCUAUGAAAAGCUUUGUUCUGGAGAAUGAUCUGCAUAUUGUCUAUUUGGUCACCCCACUGUAUGAGGAGUGGACCACAAUUGAUUGGUAUCAGUUUUUCUGCUUAUGGGAGAAGCUGCCCGCCUCAAUGAAACGUGUGGCUGAGCUGGUGGGGAUUGAAGAAGGCUUUCUGGCUCGCUCUGUAAAGGGCAAAAUCAUAGCUAAAACAGAGAAACAGCAUAGACAAAUGGCCAUCCACAAAAGGUUUUUCACCAGUCUUGCCCUUGUGGAUUUAAUCAGUGAGGUUCCCUUAAUGGAUAUGACUAAGAAAUAUGGCUGUAGUCGUGGCCAGCUUCAAUCCUUGCAGCAGUCUGCUGCCACCUAUGCAGGAAUGGUAACCGUUUUCUGUAAGCGACUGGGCUGGCACAACAUGGAGCUGUUGCUCUCUCAGUUCCAGAGCCGCCUCACUUUUGGGGUUCAUAGGGAGCUUUGUGACCUGGUACGAGUGUCCCUGCUGAAUGCACAGCGUGCUAGGAUGCUGUACAACGCUGGCUUCGUCACAGUGGCUGAUCUUGCUAAAGCCAGUCCUGAGGAUGUGGCAGCUGCUCUGAAGAAUUCAGUACCAUUCAAAAGUGUUCGUAGAGCUGUGGAUGAAGAUGAAGAAUCAGCAGAGGAGCGUCGGACUGUGCGCAGCCUCUGGAUGGCUGGAAUGAAAGGCUUAACCGAAAGAGGAGCAGCUUCCCUCAUUGUGGAGGAAGCCAGGGGACUUCUCCAGCAGGAUUUGGCACUGAUGGGAGUGCAGUGGAACCCAGAGUCCUUUCUCGAGUCUGAUACGUCCUCUAUGAUCAGCAGUGAGUCAGAACUGGAAGACAGACUGCGUAGAUCAAAUAGAGAGCAGUCUUCUGAGCCUUCUAGGGUGUUAAACAAAAAAGGGUGCAGAGUUCAACAUCAUAAUGGCCUUGGCUCUCACACUGGAAACUUAUCAAAUAUUAAAAAGGGUUAUAAAAGGCAACUAAGCGGUAGUACAGAAAACUCCAGAUUUGAGUGUGAAGUCCCAGGCAGGACACAGGCUCGAGCAGAGGAAGGCAAUGAUGAUAUUGUGUACAGUGCUAGAAAGCGGCCAAAUAUGUGCAGAGAUAAUGAAAACAUAGAAGGAAUUUCUCUGGUCAAAACCAAGACUGAUUCCAGGAGAGCAAUUCCAGAACUCCCUACUGAACAAGGAAAAACACCAACAUUGAGAACAAAGUCUUCAGCCUCUAGAUUGAUAAAAAGUAUGGACAUGCAUUUAAACCGGACUAGGAACAAAAAUGCUGCUUCAAAACUGGAGAGGUCACUUCUUGAAGAUUCAAAUGCUAGCUGUGCUGAGGUGAUGAUUGGUAAGCAGCAGAUGGCUUUAGACACAGAUCACUGUAACGUAACUGCUACAAGUGGACAUGUCCAUGGUGGCAGCAGGAUACAGAAGCCUGUGCGUUUUUGUCCUGGUGAGGAUAAAUCCUACCAUAUUAAGAUUCAGAAUGGUGGCAAAAGUGGGAGCGAAAAGCCCAAUGGAAUAUUGUUACAAGCUGGAGCACUGCAGAAAGCCAACAGUCAUCCUAAGAAUUUUCUGAAAGACUCUCUAGUAAAAUCCAGAGGUAUUUGCAAUGCAGAUGAUGUUCAGAACGGUCCAUCCUCUGAUCUGUUUUCUGACUCUGGAGACUUUGAAGACAGCUUCCAGUUGGAUACUCAAACCGAGAUGAUGAUAAAACAGGAGGGAGCAGGUGGAAUCACAGGACAGCAGGGAAUACAAGGUUCAGGGCUGGCAGCAAUACCACGUCAGGAAAUCUCCAAGAAACUAAGCACUUCAUGGACUGAGAAUGCUACUGAUGAAAGACUGGCUGCAACAGUUAGGAAACUGGGCUUAUCGAGUCUUAUCACAACAAGUAACAUCACAAAAAACACAGCUCAGCACUGCAGUAAUAAAGUUUUGGAGUCUGGAGGCAUUAAUUUACAGCCCAUAGUGAAGGAAAUGGAAUCUGCACCUUGCCUUAAAGAAAGCGAUUUCUCUGUGACCGACUCCCAGCUACACAGUUUUCUACAAGAUUACCAGACCCAAAAUUCAGUGAAAGGGGAGAGUGUGUCUAAAGACCGUAAUAAAACAAUCUCCCCUUUUGGUAGGGAGCACAUUGUACAAGUAGAAUGCCAUCCUGUCCCCGAAACAAGCCUGAAUAUGAGCGAUAGCUUGCUGUUUGAUGAUAGCUUCAGUAAUGUCAGCGACCUUUCAGCUGUUCACAUCACAGAAGCUGACAGAAAGGAGCCUGUGGAGAAGCAAGAGGCUUUGCUUCCUCCAGAUGGUCUUUUGCAGAACCUAAGACCUGUUCAGAAUAAAUUUGAUGUCAGUGGCAAUCAGAAAGAGCAUGAGGCUCCUGUGCAGCGUAAAGAUGUGUCUCUAGCAUUCUCUGACCUAAUAGCUGAAGUUUUAGAUCAUGCAAAUUCCCCAUCUUUCCUGGAAGAUCUUCCUUCUACAUUUCAUGGUCAGCCAGGAUUAAGAAACCCAGUGAUUUGUAACAAUGACUUCAGACCAAAGGAAUUAGUAGGAGAUCGAGGUGAAAAGCUCCAGAGAAGCCAGCAAGCUUUAGACAAGAAAACCCAUCCAGUGGUGUGGACUGAACACUCAUUCGAAUUAAGCCCAGGAUUGCAGGAUGUAUUAGACAAAUGGCCGAGUCCUUCAGGCAUUGAACCAGUUUCAAUAGGCUCCUGUUUGAAAGGAAAGAAGAGACAAGUCGCCUGCGUGAAUGAAAGGCAGGUGAUUCAGUUACAGCAGAAUAGUGAGGGCAAUGCAAAGCAGCAGGUAGAAACACUCCAGGUCAGUCUUGGGAGUAUAGACCCAAUUGAGACUGAUGAGAUAAAAGAUGAUUCCGCUAUAGACCAAGGCUUUUCACUGCAGCUAUCUCAGGAUGUUUUUCCGCUCAUUCCCUUAAGCGCUGAAAGUUUCACUAUUAUUGAUGUAGCAAGCGACAAGGCACUUUUCCAGACUUUUGUUGCAGAAUGGAAGGAGAAAAGCAGAUUCUCCAUCUCAGUGGCAUGCGAAAGAACAAAAUGUCUUUUGUCUCCCAAAUCAACGAUUGGUGGCAAAUUCAAAAAAGUAAGUUCUCCUCAGUGGAUGCAAGUUAAAGAUGACGGAUUUCCUGUCCAAGGCUGCGAAGACAUCUUGGUAGUUGGACUGGCAGUAUGUUGGGGUGGAAAAGAUGCCUACUAUAUCUCUUUGCAGCAGAUACAAGACCAGACUGAAAUCAGUAUGAGUUUGGCACCGCCACCUUUGGACAAAAACCUAUCUGUAACAGAGAGACUGUAUCAUCUGCAACUGCACCUGCAGAAGAAGCCCAAGCAGGAGCGCUCACUUGUCAUGUAUAACUUCAUUCAGCACUAUAAGACUCUGGUGAUGGCUUGUGGCAUCUCCUUGGAAGGAAGUUUUGAGGACCCAAAGGUUGCAUGUUGGCUGCUUGAUUCUGGCUCUAAGGAACGUACGCUUCACAACAUGGUGACUAACUUUCUCCCCAACGAGCUACCUCUACUGGAAGGGGUAGGCACUGGCCAAGGGGUGCAGAGCCUGGGGCUUAGCGCCAGCGGAGAUCAUUCUGGGCGGUACAGAGCAGCAAUAGAGUCUGUGCUUAUCUUCAAUGUCAUGAACCAACUCCAUCAUGAAUUACAGAAGGAAAAUCUGACAGAAGUAUUUUCUAAAGUGGAGAUGCCCACCCAUUAUUGCUUGGCUCUGCUGGAGCUGAAUGGCAUUGGUUUUAGCACAACAGCAUAUGAAACCCAGAAACAGGUCAUGCAAGCCAAACUGAGCGAGAUUGAGACCAAGGCGUAUCAGCUGGCAGGCCACAGCUUCUCCUUGACCAGCCCUGAUGACAUUGCAGAGGUUUUGUUCCUGGAGCUGAAGUUGCCACAAAAUGGAGAUGUGAAAGUUCAAGGGAACAAGAAAACUCUGGGUUACACCAGAAGAGCAACUGCUAAAGGAAACAGGGUUAGGUUGAGCAAGCAGUUCAGUACAACCAAGGAUGUUUUAGAGAAAUUAAAGACACUUCACCCAUUGCCAGGGCUGAUACUGGAAUGGAGGAGGAUCAACAAUGCCAUUACUAAAGUGGUGUUUCCACUACAGAGGGAAAAGCGAUUGAAUUCUGCGCUGGGAAUGGAAAGGAUAUAUCCAGUGUCACAGACUCACACAGCUACAGGUCGAAUAACCUUCACAGAGCCAAAUAUCCAGAACGUGCCAAGAGAUUUUGAGAUUGAAAUGCCAACUGUGGUUGAAGAAAGCCCACCCUCGCGAGCCCAUGGAAAUGUUAAUUGUCGUGCUGUUUCUGGGGGCAGAUGUAGAAAGCGUUCCAGUAUUUUGCGUAAUGGCCUAAAGGUUCAGACUGAAGACAGACCCAAAGAAAGAGGAAUACCAUUUUCUGUUAGCAUGAGGCAUGCCUUUGUUCCGUUCCCAGGUGGCUUAAUCUUGGCUGCUGAUUACUCUCAGCUUGAACUGAGGAUCCUUGCUCAUUUGUCUUGUGACUGUCGACUCAUUCAAGCCUUGAACGGGGGUACUGAUGUCUUUAAGAGCAUUGCAGCAGAAUGGAAAAUGAUUGAUCCUGAAGCUGUUGGAGAGAGGACCAGGCAACAAGCUAAACAGAUUUGCUACGGAAUCAUCUAUGGAAUAGGAGCAAAAUCUUUAGGCGAGCAGAUGGGGAUUGAUGAAAACGAAGCUGCCAAUUACAUUGAAUCCUUCAAAUCAAGAUACACAGGGAUUCAGAAAUUCUUGAGGGAGACAGUGAGGAGCUGCAGGAGAGAUGGGUUUGUGCAGACCAUCCUGGGAAGACGGAGAUACCUGCCAGCUAUCAAAGAUCCAAACCCCUACAGUAAAGCUCAUGCAGAGCGACAGGCUGUGAAUACAACUGUUCAGGGAUCUGCUGCAGACAUUGUCAAAACAGCCACUGUGAACAUUCAGAGACGCCUGGAAGCUUUCUCCUCUGUGAUCAAGUCCCACGGACAUCUGGAGAGCUCCUUCCAGAGAGAUAAGACUGGAAGGCUAGCGAGGAAGAGAAACAGAGGGAUGUUACAUCCUAUCAGCGGAGGUUUCUUUAUCCUCCAACUCCAUGAUGAGCUCCUCUAUGAAGUUGCAGAGGACGAUGUCAUCCAGGUCGCUCAGAUUGUCAAACACGAGAUGGAAAACGCCAUCAAACUCUCAGUAAAACUGGAUGUUAAAGUGAAAAUUGGACCUAGCUGGGGAGACCUGCAGGACCUGGAGCUCUGA